UCUCUGAUCUCUUAUUGAUAUUAUAUCUUGUACUAAGACAAGAGCCUUCCAGAAAAUGGGCAGUGAAUCAACGCAAUCACCUCCGCUGGGGCCUCCGGCAUGCGAGAAGGAUGCGAAGGCACUCUCCUUCAUAGAGGAGAUGACCUGCAAUGCCGACUCGGUCCAGGAGACGGUGCUUCAGGAGAUACUGACUCGCAACUCAGAUACUGAGUACCUCAAACGGUUCCAGCUCAAUGCAGCCACUGACCGGGAGACCUUCAAGGCCAAGGUGCCGGUGGUCACGUACGAGGACCUUCAACCGUACAUACAGCGGAUCGCCAACGGGGACAAAUCCAAUAUCUUCUCUUCUCAUCCCAUCUCCGAGUUCCUCACGAGUUCGGGAACGUCGGCAGGAGAGAGAAAGCUAAUGCCGACGAUCCAAGAAGAGUGGGAUCGUCGCCAGAAACUGUACAGCCUACUCAUGCCCGUUAUGAACCUUUAUGUGCCGGACUUGGACAAAGGAAAGGGCCUCUACUUCCUAUUUGUGAAGGCAGAGGCGAAGACCCCCGGCGGCCUCGUGGCACGUCCUGUGCUGACUAGCUACUACAAGAGCGACCAAUUCAGGAACAGGCCAUACGACCCUCACAACGUUUACACCAGCCCCGACGAGGCCAUCCUGUGUGCUGACUCGUUCCAGAGCAUGUACACCCAGAUGCUCUGUGGCUUGAUCAUGCGAGGAGAGGUCCUCCGGAUGGGGGCCGUGUUCGCCUCUGGCCUGGUGCGGGCUAUUCGUUUCCUCCAGCUGCACUGGGAACAGCUGGCCCAGGACAUAUCAUCGGGGACCCUGAACCCUAAAAUCACAGACCCUUCGAUCCGCGAAUGCAUGGCUAAAAUCUUAAAAGCCGACCCCGAACUCGCGGAAUUCAUUAGGAGGGAAUGCUGUCAGGAGAAUUGGGAGGGAUUUAUCACAAGAAUUUGGCCCAACACGAAGUACUUGGACGUGAUAGUCACUGGUGCUAUGGCUCAAUAUAUUCCCACUCUCGAUUACUACAGCGGUGGGUUGCCACUAACUUGCACGAUGUACGCAUCUUCCGAGUGCUAUUUCGGGCUAAACCUAAAGCCGAUGUGUAAGCCAGCGGAAGUUUCCUACACCAUCAUGCCCAAUAUGGGCUACUUUGAGUUCAUGCCCCAAGACCCGUCAGCCCGCGACCCAUCCCGCUUUCUAGAGCUUACCGAAGUGGAGGUCGGAAAGGAAUAUGAGCUCGUCGUCACAACCUACCCUGGGCUCUGUCGGUACCGAGUAGGGGACAUUCUCCGGGUCACUGGGUUCUAUAACUCGGCCCCCCAGUUCCGCUUCAUAAGGCGAAAGAACGUCCUUUUGAGCAUCGACUCGGACAAGACCGAUGAAUCCGAGCUACAGAAGGCGAUUGAGAAUGCGUCCAAACUGUUGAGUGGUUACGGCACCAGCGUGGUGGAGUACACUAGCUUUGCCGACACCAAGACGAUCCCGGGGCAUUACGUCAUAUACUGGGAACUGCUGAUCAAGGACUCCGGGAACGCACCGCCCCAUGACGUGCUUACCCAGUGCUGCCUUGAAAUGGAAGAGUCGUUGAACUCGGUGUAUCGGCAGGGCCGAGUCGCCGACAACUCAAUUGGGCCGCUAGAGCUGAGGGUCGUCCGGAGUGGCACAUUCGAGGAAGUGAUGGACUACGCUAUCUCCCGGGGCGCGUCAAUCAAUCAAUACAAGCCGCCGAGGUGCGUGAACUUUACACCGAUUGUGGAACUACUGGACUCGAGGGUAGUUUCUACACAUUUUAGCCCCAGGCCACCUCGGUGGUCCCCGGAACGGCGCAGUUGACAUCACCUGAAGCUCGCCCCCAAUACCCUACUUGCCCUAGCCUGUCUCUCUAGUGUGGCUCUCUUUUAAUGUUCAUCUUAAAUAAACUAAUGGAUAUGGUGUUAUGGUGUCGUGUGUGCAGUUAGUUAACCUGUCGAUGUACGGAUGGAUUUCAAUGAGUUGUAUUUGUUCUUCCUCCUCUUUGACAAUUAAUAAUUAGUCAAAAGUCAAUCAUGUA